CAACAUCUGACCUAGGCAUAUGCAACGGCCAAAGACUUCGGAUCCGAACUAUUGCGUAUAUAUGCAGAACAACCCUAUCAACAAUCUUCAUAUCGAUCAACCCAUCAUUCACACAAUUGCUUCUUCGACAGCCUCGUCUGUUUGAACACUUCAUCUUCUAGAACAAGAUUCAAUCGUCCUAAGUACCUCAUCUUUCGCUCUACCAUCCACAAUGACAGAUCAGGCUACUGAAAUCGUAUACCUUACCCUUAAAGCUGGUUUGGACUUAGAAUCGGGCGAGGCGAAACGCGCGUGGGACUCGACGCUAGUCACCAUAGCGAAGCAAUCGGGGUUAAAGACAUUGUUCUGGGGACGCCAGAUUGAGAACAAGGAUGUUUUGCAGCUGGUUGUUGACUGGGAAUCCGUCGACGCCCACAAGGUCUUCAUUGCCUCGCAAGAAUACCAACCUUUCCUGGAGACACUAGACAAGCACCUUCUAGCCGGCCCACCCACGCUCUUCCACGCAAGGCUCCCAACAGACACAUUGUCAGCAAACCCUCUGAGCGCGCCCGUCACAGAGUGCAUAAGCGCGUACUUCGAUCCUGCGCAAUCUGAGGCCGAGUACAACGCGAGCUUCGCUACAUUCCUCUCUGAGAUUGCGAACAUUCCUAAUGUUGAGGCUAAAGGAUUGGUGGGUGGGUGGUCAGUUGAGACCCAUCAGCAUGAGAGCCUUGGUGAGGGCGUAGAGGGCAAGUUGUUCGCAGCGUUUGUGGGGUGGCCGACAGUCGAAGCGCAUAUGGCGUUUAGGGAGACGGAGGAAUUUGGCAAGAUUAGAGGGUAUUUGAGGACUGGAGUGAAAGGCAUCAAGGUGUGGCAUGUUGCGUUUACGCAGUACAAGUAAGAAGAACGAUAACUGCAACGGAUGAAAGGUGAGACGGGAGUGCAGCAGAAACAAAAGCCAAAGACCAACUACUAGGAUAUAACUUGUAGACCGCACAUGAGUAAAAACAAAUCAAGGACCACUUGUAAAUCAAUUAACUUGAUGCAGGCACUUCAUCUAUUGCGUUGAUGAGUGGACAAGUAAAAAGAUGUAACAAGGAACAAAAAAUGGCAA